AAGCGCGAGUACGACGAGGUCGAGUCGCAAGGCGCAGAUGGCAGCCAUGGAGCGUCUGAAAAGAGGCACAAGUCCUACAUUGGCCGAAAACGCCUGGCGCAGGAAGACUCCGGAGCCAAGAAGCGAAUUCGAGCGAUUGAAAGAAGUCUAAGACGAAAUCAAGACAUGCCGGUCAAUGUGCGAAUUGAUUUGGAGCGCGAACUGGCGUCGCAGAAGCAAAUCGUUGCAGACCAGGAAUACAAGAGGAAGCGAAGCACAAUGAUAUCUAAAUAUCACAUGGUGCGGUUUUUCGAACGCAAGAAGGCUUCGAGAUUAGUGAAGCAACUGAAACGAAAACUGGAGCAAGAAUCGGACUCAAGCGAGGCAGACAAGAUACGGCACGACCUUCAUGUAGCUGAAGUCGACGAAGCAUAUACUCUUUACUUCCCCCAUCUCGAAACAUACGUCGGCCUAUAUAGCUCUACCGCUAAGAAAACGGACGAGGAGGAGACCGAGGAAGGCAAAGUCGCGGCUGCGAAGGCGGCUCUGGAGGCAGAGAGACCGCCAAUGUGGUCGGUAAUUGAGAAGGCCUUGGCCGACGGGAUUCCUGCAUUAGAACAACUGCGGGACCGCCGGUCGCCAGACGAU